UUUCUGUACCCAAAUUCUAGUUAUUCGGAUUCUUAUCCCUUUGCUGUUCUUAUUUGUAGCCAUGGCGGCCCGGGUUCCUCUCGCUCGCGCUGUUCAAUACCAGCCCGUCUGUUUGAUCAAACCCUCGAUUCGCAAGCCCCAUUUUCUGACCUACUCCUCGUCUCUCAAAUCCCGCCCUUGUCCUCUCUGGUCUUCGUCCUUCUCGCUCUGCCUCCUCCACGCUCGCGUCUACUCACGCCACCGCGCUCCUCUCAAGUCAGUCGUCCGUAGACGACCGAUCUCGGCCGUCCGAUCGUUGUCUUUCAAGGCUGCGGAGAUGGCGGACGUUGGGACCAAUCCUCUACUGAAGGACUUCUACUUCCCGCCUUUUGAUGCGAUCGAGGCUGAGCAUGUUCGCCCCGGCAUCAGGGCGCUGCUCAAGCAAUUAGAGAGUGAUCUGGAGCAAUUGGAGAGAACUGUCGAGCCAACGUGGCCCAAACUUGUGGAGCCGCUGGAGAAGAUAUUGGACAGGCUGGGGAUUGUUUGGGGUGCUGUUUCUCAUCUCAAAUCCGUCAAAGAUACUGCUGAUCUCCGUUCUGCCAUUGAAGAAGUUCAGCCAGAAAAAGUGGCAUUUGAGCUUAAAUUAGGUCAGUGCAAGGCAAUGUAUAAUGCAUUCAAAGCUAUAAGAGAGUCGCCAGAUUGGAAUGCCCUGAGUGAUGCUCGUAAACGGAUCGUUGAAGCUCAAAUAAAGGAGGCUGUUUUGAAUGGUAUUGCUCUUGAGGAUGACAAAAGAGAGGAAUUUAACAAGAUUGAGCAGGAAUUGGCAAAACUAUCUCAAAAGUUUGAGGAGAAUGUUUUGGACGCGACAAAGAAAUUUGAAAAACUAAUAACAGACAAGAAAGAAAUCGAAGGUUUACCGUCUUCAGCUCUUGGGUUGGCUGCUCAAACAGCAGUGUCCAAGGGACAUGAAAAUGCAACUGCAGAGAAUGGACCUUGGGUAAUCACAUUGGAUGCCCCAAGUUUUAUGGCGGUAAUGCAGCAUGCUAAAAACAGGACACUGCGGGAGGAAGUCUAUCGUGCCUAUGUAACCCGUGCUUCUAGUGGGGAUCUUGACAAUACACCCAUUAUUGACCAAAUUUUGAAGCUUAGGAUGGAGAAGGCUAAGCUUCUUGGAUAUCAGAAUUAUGCGGAGGUAAGCAUGGCUACUAAGAUGGCAACUGUGGAGAAGGCAGAAGAGCUCCUUGAAAAACUUCGCAGUGCUUCCUGGGAUCCUGCAGUUCAAGAUAUGCAAGAUCUCAAACUUUUUGCAAAGAAUCAAGGUGCUCCAGAAGCUGAUUCCUUGAUGCAUUGGGACAUCAGCUUUUGGAGUGAAAGAUUACGCGAAUCAAAGUAUGAAAUAAAUGAGGAAGAGUUGAGACCUUAUUUUUCAUUGCCAAAAGUUAUGAACGGACUUUUCAGCCUUGCACAUAAAUUAUUUGGGGUCACUGUUGAACAAGCUGAUGGCUUAGCUCCAGUCUGGAACAGUGAUGUCCGGUUUUACCGUGUCAACGAUUCUUCUGGUAACCCAAUUGCAUAUUUCUAUUUUGAUCCAUACUCUCGUCCAUCUGAAAAACGAGGAGGAGCAUGGAUGGAUGAAGUAGUUGGUCGAAGUCGUGUCAUGUCACAAGAUGGUUCCUCUCCCCGGUUGCCUGUGGCCCACAUGGUGUGCAACCAAAUGCCACCAGUUGGCGAAAAGCCAAGCCUUAUGACAUUUCGUGAGGUUGAGACUGUCUUCCAUGAAUUUGGCCAUGCUCUUCAGCACAUGCUAACAAAGCAGGAUGAGGGUUUGGUUGCCGGGAUAAGGAACGUAGAAUGGGAUGCUGUGGAGUUGCCUUCCCAGUUCAUGGAAAAUUGGUGCUACCAUAGAGAUACCUUGAUGAGUAUUGGUAAGCAUUACGAAACUGGAGAGCCUAUUCCUGAUGAUAUAUACAAAAAGCUUCUUGCUGCUAGGACUUUCCGCGCUGGCACUCUAAGUCUCCGACAGCUUAAAUUUGCAACUCUUGAUCUGGAGCUACACACAAAGUACAUCCCUGGUGGUUCCGAAUCAAUCUAUGAUGUUGACAGAAGGGUUUCUGAAAGGACACAGAUUAUUGCUCCCCUUCCCGAGGAUAGAUUCCUCUGUGGUUUCAGUCAUAUUUUUGCUGGUGGAUAUGCAGCUGGAUACUACAGCUACAAGUGGGCUGAGGUUUUAUCAGCCGAUGCCUUUUCGGCAUUUGAGGAUGCUGGAUUGACAGAUGACAAGGCCGUAAAGGAAACUGGUAAUAGAUUCCGAGAAACAGUUCUUGCACUUGGAGGUGGAAAGACUCCCCUCGAGGUGUUUGUUGAAUUCCGCGGGCGUGAACCCUCGCCCGAGGCCUUGCUGAGGCACAAUGGAUUGCUCCAAGCUGCCUGAGAUCAUCGAGCCAAUCGAUAACUUGUUGAAAGAAGUGCAAAAAUUUGCUACUGGAAAUUACCUCACUUGAGUUGAUUGCCUGAUGUUCUUCACAUGGAGAUGAUCGAGGUUUAAUUGUUCAUUUUAACUUAUCUGUUCUAACCCCAGUUUCAAACCACAUCACAUUUUGCUGUUUGCUUUUUACUUAAAAAAAAAUUAUGAAAUGAACUAUUUAUAGCUA